AUGAUGGCGGACCCAGAAGGGAGAGCGGAUCCGGAGCACGGCGCUCCUCGUCUGGAGACGGAAGCGGAGGCCGCCGGAGACAGCGAGCUGGAGUUCGGCAUCCCCCUGGACGCCAGCGGCUACCUGCUGUACAGGGACAGGAAGGAAUGGGCUGAUAUUGAGCCGGUGCCUCAAGAUGAUGGGCCAAACCCAGUGGUUCAGAUUAUAUACAGUGAGAAAUUUAAAGAUGUAUACGACUACUUCCGUGCCGUUCUGCAGCGCGACGAAAGGAGCGAAAGAGCGUUCCAGCUGACAGGGGAUGCCAUUGAGCUCAAUGCUGCCAAUUAUACUGUAUGGCAUUUCCGUAGGAUUCUUCUGCAGUCCUUAAAGAAAGACCUGCAUGAGGAACUCAAUUACAUCACAGCUAUCAUUGAAGAUCAGCCAAAGAACUAUCAAGUCUGGCACCACAGACGAGUAUUGGUGGAGUGGCUGAAGGAUCCAUCCCGGGAGCUUGACUUCAUAGCGGACAUUCUGAACCAGGAUGCCAAGAACUACCACGCUUGGCAACACAGGCAGUGGGUCAUACAGGAAUUUAAACUGUGGGAUGAUGAGCUGGAGUACGUCGAACAGCUUCUGAAAGAAGAUGUCCGGAACAACUCGGUCUGGAACCAAAGAUACUUCAUCAUUUCAAACACGACUGGAUACGAUGACCCUGCUGUUCUAGAGAGAGAAGUCCAGUAUACCCUAGAAAUGAUCAAGAUGGUGCCUCACAACGAGAGUGCCUGGAACUAUUUGAAAGGGAUUCUGCAGGAUCGCGGUUUAUCAAAAUACCCCGGUCUCUUGGAACAGCUGUUGAACUUGCAGCCAAGCCACAGUUCUCCCUACCUGAUUGGCUUCUUGGUGGACAUAUAUGAAGACAUGCUAGACCACCAGUGUGAAAACAAGGAAGAAACACUCAACAAAGCAUUAGAGUUGUGUGAAAUCCUGGCUAAAGAAAAAGACAUUAUACGGAAGGAAUACUGGAAAUACAUAGGAAGAUCGCUGAAGAGUAAACACACUCCGAAUGUGGAGCAGAAUGUGCCAACUGAAACCGAUCAGCAGUAACU